UGAGUGUCUGUGUGGGCGUGUCCCGAUGAUGGGGGGGCGUGUCCCUCCGCUCUGAGUCCGCAUUGAUCGAGCCGGAGCUCAGACCAUGAGACCCCGGGGAUCCCCAAGUCAGGGGCCACAGCCCCCCCAGAACACCCCGCACCCCGGACUGAUACUGAGCCUGAUACUGCUCUCUGCCACCGGUGAUACCUGGGCUCGCACCGUACGGGUCCCCACAGGCCCUCUGCUUCGCGUUGAAGGUACAAAAGUGACAAUCGGCUGCAAUGUCCAUGAUUAUGAAGGACCCGCGGAGCAGAAUUUUGAGUGGAUGUUCUCCUUUGCGGAGCAGCGUGGUUUGCAGAUUCUCAGCACAUUUGAUCCCCUCUACACAGACACCCUCUAUAAACACAGGGUGGACACACAUGACAUCCAGCUGCAGAGGGUCAGCAACAAUGAGGUCCUUCUCCAUAUCCUGCAACUGGGAGCCUCGGACAAUGGGACGUAUACCUGUUCUACGCCCAGCACGGACGCUACCGUCAGUGGGAACUACGAGGCCUCCGUGCAGCUGAGAGUCAUCCCUGACACGCUGAAUCUUACCAAACCUACGUCUAAGGGGCGUCAGUCUGUGAACCGCAGCGUCCCCCAUGGUGGCUCAUUCCAGCUGUCCUGCCAGGCCUCCGCCUCGGACUCCGUAGAGCACACCCACCUCUCACUAGCCUGGGAGCGGCAAUCUGCCAGUGGUUCUGCUCAGGUCCUGACACUGACUCACCUCGGGCGUGUGGAUCCUGGCCGAGAUUACACGGACCGUUACACCAGCGGAGACGUACGUCUGACAUCCACGGAGGGAAAUGAUUACACGCUCACCAUAGACAGAGCCCAGCCCUCGGACGAUGGGGAAUAUCAAUGUGUGGCCAGUACCUGGGUUCAGGCACCCGAUGGGUGGGAAAAGAUCCAAGAAAAGAGGGUGUCCGUGGCCCACGUUCACGUUCUUCCCAUUGGUCUCAGUAUUGGGGUGCCAUUAUCAGAAGUUCAGGUCAAUGAAGGUUUUCCACUCAACCUGUCCUGUGAGGUUUCCCAGGACUCGGCAGGGGCUGUACUAACGAGGAUCAGCUGGUCAUUUCAACCUGACUCUUCGCCGGGAGAGAUUCGUGAGUUGCCAGGAGGGCCAGAUGUGGACCCUGCCGCUCUGGAUGAUCGUGUUCACAGCUUGCGAAUUCCCCAGGCGUGGGAUAGUGGAUCUUAUACGUGCAGGGCGAUCGUCUGGGCUCUGCAAGGCAACAACACCUGGUCUCAAGCUGCAGAAAAGGUGUCCGAUCCUAUCAGAGUGCUGGUGGUUUCCACCGCGUCCGUUUUCACGGUCUCUCUGAACUCCACUAUGCUACCACUGUUUUCAGAGGAGCCCAUGGAGUUGUUAUGUCAUAUUAGUGGCUCUAAUGUGGACCGUCUGUCUGUGUCGUGGUAUUACACUCCUGGAGCACCCCCACACAGCACCACCUCCCCCCCACAACUUGUGGCCUCACUAGAUGAGGACUGGACCCUCCAGGUGGGGGAUGGUUACGAGGAACGACUGGAAAGGGGGGAACUAAUCUUGUUACGAAAGGAUACCCACACCUUCAUCCUGCGGCUCCAGUGGACAACAGAGGCUGACAGAGGAAACUACCACUGUGUGGGCAUUUCCUGGAAACCGCAGCGUGAUGGCAGCUGGGUGCAGAAUGGAGAGGUGGCUUCGAGCCCUGUCAAUGUCUUUUGGAAAGAAGAAGAGUCUACACUCGCAGUUAAUGCUCAACAGAUGAAACUGGUGUCAUCGGCCGGGGGAACCUUUGAAAUGAUCUGUUCCGUCAGUACCAAAAACAUACCCUCCCCGCGGUUUUCUGUGCAGGUGACAGUGGAGAAGCCGCCCUCUCCCAACUCGGCUCCUGUUAUCUUGUUGAGCCGGGACGGGUUGACCAAGAGGGAAUCAGACAGUAACACAUUGCUGGAAAAAGUGAAGGAAGGUGUUUACCGCUUCCGAAUUUACCAGGCACAGGCACAGGAUAUUGGUGCUUAUCGCUGUUCCAUCACUGCCUGGACCCAAGGAGGAGGCAGAACCUGGAGGGAAGUGAGGAACCAAGCAUCGGAUCCAGUGCAGUUAGAGUUCCAGUCGUCUGGUCCAGUGUUUAAUGUCACGGCCUAUACAGACAGCCCCUCGGUGUACCUCGGUGAACGAGCAGAAUUCUGGUGCAUCAUCAUGAUUGAUAGUCUGGCUAUGGAUCCAGAGGACAUAGCGUUUGAUGUCUCCUGGUUUGCCCAGUCAGUGGGAGGGUCACCCACACCUUUGGUGACAGUAGGUCGCACGGCACAAGUCCGGCAUAGUCGCAGAAACGGCACAAGCGAUGUAGCCUUGGAACGUAUCAGUGACAUGGAGUUUAGAUUACGCAUUUACAACUGUGAAGAAGCAGAUGCUAGAGGCCACUACUGCACAGUCAUACCAUGGGUUCGUUCCGGUGAAGGAGGAUGGAACCAGCAGGCCGCUAUAACUUCCAACGUGGUUUCUAUGAAUGUCAAAAUGGAUUUACUCAGUACAUUUAAGUACCCGCUGAUGAUUGGGGUCGGCCUCUCUCUGCUCGCUGGAUGCUUGGCAUGUCUCAUUGGAUACUGCACCUCCCGUCUGUGUUGCAAGUCCCCACCCAAGCAGGACACACGGAGGGAGCACCGGAGGCUGAUGUCCAUGGAGAUGGACUGAAGAUGGAGAAAUGUGUGUGGCUUCCUGGAGACAUGAAACUAGCGG